AUGGAGUUUAAAUGGAUUAAGGGAGAGAAAGGUUUCAGUGGUGUAGUCAAUGGCGUUAAAGAGAGGUUUAACAGGCACGGUGAAUACGAAAAAGAAGGGGAAAUCCAGGAAAUUGAGGUACAGCCAUUUAGGCAUUCAGAGUCAUUAUCCAAGUACAGAAACGAAGAUGAAGAACAAACACUUAGACAAAGGGUCUUCACUGAAUCGAAGAAGCUAUGGCAAAUAGUAGGCCCUUCAAUCUUCAGUAAAAUCAGUGCUUAUUCAAUGAAUGUCAUCACCCAAGCUAUUGCAGGCCAUCUUGGUGAAACCGAACUCGCUGCAAUGUCAGUUGUCAAUAACGUAAUCGUGGGCUUCGAUUUUGGCCUCUUGUUGGGGAUGGCAAGUGCGCUGGAAACACUAUGUGGGCAAGCAUUUGGGGCCAAAAAAUACCACAUGUUAGGGGUUUAUAUGCAACGUUCAUGGGUUGUGUUAUUCGCAUGUUGUGUAGCACUUUUGCCACUUUACCUAUUUGCUUCACCCAUGUUGAAGUUACUGGGGCAGCCUGCAAAUGUGGCGGAGCUUUCUGGUAAAUUAGCAAUCUGGCUAAUUCCUCUCCAUUUCAGCUUUGCUUUCCAAUUCCCGUUGACGCGGUUUCUACAGAGCCAAUUGAAGAACUCAGUGAUUGCGUGGGUGUCACUGAUAGCUCUUGUUGUGCAUAUUAGUUCGAGUUGGCUGCUUGUUCAUGUACUUGAUUAUGGACUGGUUGGAACCGCCGUGACGUUGAAUUUUUCGUGGUGGGUUUUGGUGGUGGGGAUGUUUUGCUACACCGUUGCCGGUGGAUGUCCACUCACUUGGCCUGGUUUUUCUAGGGAAGCCUUUUCUGGUCUGUGGGAGUUCCUAAAACUCUCUGCAUCAUCUGGUGUCAUGCUAUGUUUGGAGAACUGGUAUUAUAGAAUACUGGUAUUGAUGACUGGUAAUCUCAAAAAUGCCGAAAUUGCUGUUGAUGCUCUGUCUAUUUGCAUGGCAAUUACUGCAUGGGAGAUGACAAUUCCAUUAGCCUUCUUCGGAGCAACAGGGGUGAGGGUGGCAAACGAGCUAGGAGCAGGAAAUGGGAGAGGAGCAAAGUUUGCUACCGUAGUUUCAGUGAUGACCUCUACACUAAUUGGCCUCUUCUUUUGUCUCGUAAUAAUGAUUCUUCGGGAUGAGAUUGGUUCGAUUUUCUCCACCAGUAAAGCAGUGCUUGAAGAAGUUAAUCAACUCAACUUCCUUUUAGCAGCCACAAUUUUCCUCAAUAGUGUUCAACCAGUUCUUUCUGGAGUAGCUGUGGGAUCAGGAUGGCAGUCCCAUGUUGCUUAUGUCAACAUAGCCUCUUACUACUUUGUUGGGCUUCCACUUGGGCUACUGAUGCAGUGGGCAUUUAACCAAGGUGUUAGGGGAAUAUGGACUGGAAUGAUAAUUGGAGGAACUGCGCUUCAGACGUUGAUAUUAAUCAUCCUUACUGCUAGAUGUGAUUGGGAUAAAGAGGCCGAAAGAGCUACUAAACACAUAAAGGAGUGGGCUAUCAGGACGUGAUAAGUGUUGUUUCAGGCCUAACUGCGAUUCGAAAAAAACAAAAAAAAAGGCCUAACUGAAGAAGAACCUCGGAGGUUGGUGUCAAAGAGGUUAUAUGCGUCAAAAGUUUGUGUUCAUGAAUCAUUUGGAUUUGGAAAUUCCAAAGAGAAAUGACAUUCGAUCCAAUCCGCUAAAUAUUUUUUUUUUCUUUUUUCUAUAGUGAGGAAUUUAUAUUAAGGCUCUGUUUGUUUCCCUUUAUUUUUGUGUUCCGAUGGCAGUUUCUUUUUUAUACUCCCAUAUAAUUAAUACAUUCUCCAUUCAAACAUAU